AUGUUGAACUUUAUUAAAUAUUUUCUUGCUUAUUUAAUAUUAGUUGAUACACAAUUUUUUUGCAUUAAUCAUCAAUACUCUUUUCAAUUUUUUAUAAAUAAUUACAAAAUUUAUAAAAACGGAAGAAGUAAAAAUUAUUUAAAAAGAAUAAUUCAUUUAAAUUUAAAAAAAAGGUUAGACCCAAGUAAUAAAUAUACAGUGAUAAAAAGACAUGAAGCAAAAAUUCAGAGGAAUUUAAAGAGGAAAUAUCUUAUUGAAAGAUAUAAAGAAAAGAGAGACCUAUUAAAAAAAUAUAUAUCUGAAGCAUCAUCACCUAUUGAAUAUGUCUACUGGAAAUAUAAACUUUCUAGAUUGCCAAGAGAUUCUUGCCCAGUUAGAUACAGAAAUAGAUGUGCAAUAACAGGAAGGGCAAGAGGAUACUACAAAUUUUUUGGCUUAUGUAGACAUCAAGCACGAGCAUUGAUACAAAAAAUGUUUUUUCCUGGUUUUGUAAAAGCUAGUUGGUAA